AUGGCUUUCCAAUGCCUUGCGUGUCCCCGAAAUUUCCACAACCAGCGCACUCUCAAGACACAUCAAUGGAACUGCAAAGGCUAUCAAGAGAUUCAAGAUAUUACCUUUCAGCAAAAGCGCGCUCGAGAGGAGGAGGCAGUGGAGGAGGCAAAGACACGGUCAAGGAAGAGAGCUCAGGUGUCGGUAGAACCUGAAGAGUUGACAGCAGAGUUUCCCAAGCGCUUCGACGACUUCCUGCCCGGCUCCACCACUCCCCUCUCUCACAUCCCCUCAAAACAGCAUCCCCUUCCUACCCAAUCUGACACGGAGUCUGUACCACCACCUCCUGCUCCGCCUGAGCCGGUGCCGGUGCCGGUGCCAGUGCUGGACCCUGUCUUUGAUACGAAACCCAACAAAUUUGGGUUAUUCUGUCGGUAUAAGCGACGCCUGACGCACGAUCCAGAACCCGAAAACUCACUGGACAAGAGAAACCAGCACCAGCACAGUGUUGCCUUCAUCCCUGAAGAUUAUCCCGCCAUGUUCAGCUUCUUAGACCCUGAGCAAAUCAUCCGCGGUGUACACCUCAUCCCUGCAUUUGCACAGGAACACACCUCCGAGCGACUUGGGCCGUUGUCGCGGUGA